AUGGUGAAAUGGUGUGUUUCUAUUGAAAAGACUUCUCCUCCAUCUGUUGAUGAUAUUGAAUCUGAUCAGAUAGAAGAAGAAGCUGUUGAUUCAUCGGUAGAAAUAGUCAGCUCUGCAGUAAAUGAUUUAUCACUUAGUGAAUCGGAUCCAUUACUGUAUGGUACACCUAAUAAGAGAGGUCAAAUAUCUCUUAAUCACCUUUUGAACUUUACCUUUCCACCAAGACAAUCUUUUAACCAUACACCUCGAAGACAGAGAGUAACCAAUUAUCAACCUUACAAUAAAGAACGUUUUGUAAAUGCCAACUUCCGAUUUAUUAUUAAACCAACUGGAGAUUAUACUGUUUAUCUAGUUGAUCCUGUACAAGUGAUUAUUACUACUCAUAGUACACCCAGUUGUCCAAUAUGUUUACAACAACCAACUGCUCCUCGCGUAACUAAAUGUGAUCUUAAAAGUGUAAGGUUUUGGACUGUUAGGACUAUUAGUAAAGUAGGUUAUGCUGGAUUAAUCGAGGGGGAAGAAACAAUCAAUAUGCGAUUAAUCCAAAGACAGAUGAAUUCUACUAUUGCACUCCCACGAUCAAGAAAUUGGCUAUUUAAAAAUUAUGAUUCAUCAAAUCAUAAUACUAUUAUCAAUACCAAUAUUUCUGCACCAUGGCAUUUCACUCCAAAUGCGCUGGUAUUUUCUAAGUUGAUGCUUGCUUCUUUUGAUUAUAUGCAAGAAGAGUUUAAUCGAGAUUUAAAAGAACUCGAUGUAACAUUAAACGAGGCCAAAAUUUUAAGUUAUCAUGAUGAAAUUCCAUUUCUUGAGAUUGCUAUUGUUAAUACCCAGGAUCAAUUAGCAUUGCUUCAAGAAUCAUAUUCGACGGUUCAUCUUUUGGAGGUAGAGCAACAAGCCAUUGAGAUGUUUAAUAAAUCAAAGCUUUUAGAUCUCAUUACCACCGCCACUACGGUUCCUGAAACUGACCAAAAAUCCUCGCCAAUAGUAAAUUCUCAGGAUUUUCAAAAUAGUGAAAAUGAAGUUAAUAUAUCAACUUCAUCACCCUCAUCCUCAUCCUGGUUGCCUAAUACAUUUAAAGAUACACCACAAACACAACCACCACCUUCAACGCCUACUUCAACAAAAUUAGAUUAUAAGCUGAAGUCAAAAUCCACUACUAAUUCUCAACAACCUAUAAUUUCUAGUGAUAGUGCGUACUAUUUUUAUCAGUCGGAAGAUGGUCAAAAUGUUUAUUUACAUCCAUUGGAUAUUCGUAUUUUGAAAUAUGAGUUUGGAACAUAUGAACAAUUUCCAAACGAGAUUUCAUUUCGCGUUAUAAGUGUUGAUGAAUCAACAAUGACUGAAGUUGAUUUGAAAGGUGUUGUCUCUGAUUCAACGUUGAAAAUUUUUUCAAAUGAACUUCAACAACGUCUUAAUCGUCGCAAAGAAAAGGCUAGAAAAGAAAAAAGGUUACAAGAUCAAGCAGCCAACAAAGAAUCUAAACAAGAAAUUAUAGAUUCAGAUCCAUUUUUUCAACAACCUUCAUAUUCUUAUGUUUGGGGAACUCCUGCAAUUACAUUUGCUGGAAUAGCUGGUGGAAGACAUUCAUCGGCUGAAGAAGAAAACCAUGAAGUUGAAGAAAAUAAUUGGGAUUUUCAUGAAGAAGAACGUUAG